CUUUAUUCCACAGGCUCAGAGUCCUCGGAGUGGCCUGUUAUUAUUUUUGGAGUAGCAGGUGAAAUAUCGGGUGGCGCCAUUUCCCCGUUUUUUGUCACUUCAGUCUGAUAAAAAUGAACAUGUAUGCUGCGCCCAGUGCCGGGAUUCCAGGCUGUCCACCAGGACUAGAAUACCUCACUCAGGUGGAUCAGCUCCUCAUCAAACAGAAAGUAGAGCUUGUUGAAGCCCUUGUCGGUUUCGAAAGCAACAACAAGUACGAGGUCCGUAACUCCAUGGGUCAGAGCGUGUUCUACGCCGUCGAGGAGAACGACUGUCUGAGUCGACAGUGCUGCGGUCCCGUGCGCUCCUUCACCAUCCACAUCCUGGACAACUUUGGACAGGAGAUCAUCACCAUCACCAGACCACUCAAGUGCAUGUCCUGCUGCUUCCCCUGCUGUUUGCAAGAGCUGGAGGUGCAGUCUCCCCCCGGUAACACAGUGGGGUACGUUAUGCAACAGUGGCAUCCGUUCUCCCCGAAGUUCAUCGUCACUAACGAGAACUGCGAGCCCGUGCUGAAAAUCCACGGGCCCUUUUGCGGAUGGAGCUUCCUUCCCGAUGUUGACUUUGAGAUUCUGACCAUGGACGAAGUCAGCAAGAUCGGUAAAAUCAGUAAGCAGUGGACGGGACUUCUGCGGGAGGUGUUCACGGAUGCGGACAACUUUGGCAUCCAGUUCCCCAUGGAUCUGGACGUGAGGAUGAAGGCCGUAAUGAUCGGCGCGUGUUUUCUCAUCGAUUUCAUGUUCUUUGAGUCUUCUAACUAGGAGCCGAACGACUUCUGUGAGAGUGAACAAUUAUUCCUGGAGGACCAAGGCCACAAAGCCACGACGAUCAGCUUCAAACAUCAAACAACCUUCAAACAGACAGUAUAAAUGUUAUAAAUUGUGCAUGAGCAUUGAAACGGGAGGUUUGUUGUAGUCUUUAGCUGCUCAGAUCGGCCGGGGCCGUGAGUGCAAAGAGUGUUCUUAAAAGAAUGUUGCAACCGACAAAGGGAAAGAAAAUGUUUCACUGUUAGAAAGGGGAGAUGUCACACUUUAUAAAAGAGGUAUUAAACGUUAUAGUUUGUAUGCGGAGACGAACAGAAGAUAUUUAUUUAUAGCCCUGAGAACACUAUGUAUGACCGUCUCAUGUGACGCAUUCGUUUGCAGUUUUUCAAUGCUAUUAUUUCUUUUUUAAAUCGUAGAGCAGUGUGUGUGUGUGCGUGCGUGCUUGCACUGUUGUGUGUGUGUGUGUGCUUUCAAGUGCACUUGUGUAACAACAAAAACAUAAAAACUAUUACAUCACAAUCAAGUUACAGUAUAUUACCUAGGCCAUGCUGAUUAUGCAUUGUUAAUUUGACGUGCCGUUCCAGUCUUGUCCAAAAGAGGGAGCAAGCAUGUCACGUAAGAUUAAUACUCACUUGCUCACUACUUCCUUGUGCCACAGGUUUUUAUUCAAAUAUUAGUGUAUAUUUCUGGACAAACUCAGGUUGAAACGCAUGCUAUUGUAAAAAAAUAGUGUUUGUCUACUGCUGGCUGCACAUUUUGGCCUGGUACGAUCAAUAUAAGUAUAUUUUGGAGGAUGUUUUGUACGUUAAAUCACGUAGUUAUAUGACAUAUUAUGCAUAGGUUUCCUGGUACAUGCUGUCAUUGUGAAUAUUUCCACCUAUUACAUUUAUUUUAUGAUUGGGUUUAUCUUAGCUCGUCUUAUUAGCUUUUGUUAUUUGCCAUGUAAGACUCUGGAAACCUGUUAAAACAUCUCUUUAAAUUCUUUAUUAUAAGUAUGAAAUCAUGGAAGGCUUUUAUUUUUCUAUGACGUAAACUGCCAGCAGGGGGAACUAAAGUUCCCAGCAUAGUCUUAACAUUUUGUUGUUAAUUUCCCCGCCCAUAUACUGACAUGUGUUUGGAGAGUUACCACAAGUGAAUUAACCUUUUAGAGCAGUAUUAACCUUGAUUUUAAGUCUAAAAACAAUAUGACUAUGAGUAUUUAAAAAUGUUUUCCGUUAUUAUGGCUGAUGUGAAAAUAAAGUAUUUAUGUAAAUUUUCCAAUACAUUCUUGACAUUACAAUGGUGUGUAUGCAUUACUGUGUGGGACGCUGGCACAUGAUGACCCCUCCACCGAUGCUCUUUUGAUUGUGUCUAAAAAACCAAAUAUUAAAGUCAGAAUGUGAUACAAAGGGAAUGAAGCUAUAGUCUGUUGUGUAUUUAACCGUUUAAAGUACUUAUUCUUCUACUUUUUUGCACUAAUACUGUGAACCGACUUGUGAAACCGUUAAGUCACCGAACGAAUGCAAAACUCUGUGAGCGAUGCUUAAAUUGUGCAGCCACUGACAAGACUUCAAUAAAACACGACGGUGUGA